GGUUCAGCACUGCUUCACUGCUUAAAUAGAUCGCUGGUUAGUAAACUUUCUCCAAGAUAAAAACGACGAUUUAAAGCGGGCUAGUUUGCAGCGCUUCGUAGUUUUAAUUCGAAUGGCAAACAUCUCUUGGUCCGGAAAAAGAGGAAACAUUCACUGUGAAAGAAAUUGAAAACAUUCGCUGAAGAAGAAAAGUACAUCCAAGUAGAGGGGUUAGAAAGGACAUUACAUUAACGCGUUUUGCAUUGACCACAGCUGCCAUAGACGGUUGCUCCAGUUCAUGUCAACCCCUCAUUACAGUAACAAAAAAAUUAGAAAAGAAAAAGAAAAGCGUAGCGCAAAAUAAUAAUUAAAAAAAGGUUAUCAACGACUUUGAGAGGAUUCUAGAAUUACCAGUAACUGAAGAAUUGUCCAAUAACAAAUAUGUGGUAUCACAACGCAAACAAGCACCUUAUAGUGUUCCAUUUGAUUUUGAACUGUGGGAAACUAACACAUGGGGCUACGGCAUCAUUAGACCAACCUAGGUACGAGACGGACCAAGCAAGUCCUGCAAGACAAGGCAGCUCAGUGUGGAGCACGCCGCUAAGGCCUCAAGUGUGGCCUGGGUUUGUUCACCGAGCAGAUACACUGGAUAGAAAUAGCCGUCAAACCUAUCUACCACAAGGCUAUGCACUGGCAGUCAGCGGAAGGUACGACCAGAGGUCUCCUCGCACAUAUAAAGCGGAGAACGAAGCAAUAAAAUACAUGUCCUUUGAUAAGGAUCAUCCCAAAGACAAAUUUGGAACUCCAGACUUCGAUCUUCAUGGAGCCCGAGGAGGUUUUUUAAGCGGAUUACAAAGGGCGUUUGGGAGCUCCGUAAGGAAAAUGUUUGACUCAGUCGGACUUGAAGAACAAGCCAAAAAGCCGCCAAUUUCCUUCUUGCAGCCUCUGGAUCAUCCCAAAGACAAGUUUGGAACUCCAGACUUCGAUCUUCAAGGAGCCCGAGGAGGUUUUUUAAGCGGAUUACACAGAGCGUUUGGGAGCUCCGUAAGGAAAAUGUUUGAUUCAGUCGGACUUGAAGAGCAAGCCAAAAAUCCGCCAAUUUCCUUCUUGCAGCCUUUGGCACGUGUCACGGUCAGCGUAGACGGUAGCCAGGUGUUUGGUAGAUCCUCGGUGUGGAAGACCGCCCUGGCUGCCUCCCCUAUGAUGUCCGCCUAUGACGCCCUCCUCCAGGCAAAGAUCCUGUACGACUUCACCCACCCCGAGAACACCACUACCAACCCGUUCCGUGUCAUCCUAGAACCGUCCAUGAAGAGACAAUGCUACAUCGUUAAACAAGUCGGGGACGUGUCGACCACGCCGCUGUUCCAAUGGUCACUUACGGUUAUCAGUAGGUCAAAAGAGGCACGUGUCACGGUCAGCGUAGACGGUAGCCAGGUGUUUGGUAGAUCCUCGGUGUGGAAGACCGCCCUGGCUGCCUCCCCUAUGAUGUCCGCCUAUGACGCCCUCCUCCAGGCAAAGAUCCUGUACGACUUCACCCACCCCGAGAACACCACUACCAACCCGUUCCGUGUCAUCCUAGAACCGUCCAUGAAGAGACAAUGCUACAUCGUUAAACAAGUCGGGGACGUGUCGACCACGCCGCUGUUCCAAUGGUCACUUACGGUUAUCAGUAGGUCAAAAGAGGUCCUCAUUUCUGGGCCCUGUGUCCCGUCGAAGAAGCGGGUUGUUGUGCUGCCUGGGUUUAGCAUACGGCUCGACUAUGCUCCUAUUCCAAGAUUCUUUUUCUGA